GGUGCGGGAAGGGCGGGAACGAGAGGGGAAGAGGAAAAGAGGCAAAAGGGAGUGGAGUGCGCGGUUGUCCGGGCGGCCAUUGCGGGUACCUUGUGCGAAACUCUGAACGUGAGCCCGAUCCCGAGUGUCGUACGGCACGCAGAUCGAGAAAUCCGGAAGGAUCGACGGCCAUCUCCGUAACAAGGUGCUGCGUGUGAAGCUCGGAACACGCACCGAGACUCCGGCCCAAUGGCUGAGACCGACAAGUUAAACAUCGACAACAUCAUAGCUCGGCUCUUGGAAGUACGAGGAGCCAGACCAGGCAAAAAUGUUCAGUUGACAGAAGUGGAAAUCAGAGGACUAUGUCUUAAGUCACGUGAAAUUUUUCUAUCACAACCCAUUUUGUUAGAACUCGAAGCACCAUUGAAAAUAUGUGGUGAUAUUCAUGGCCAAUACUAUGACUUGUUGCGAUUAUUUGAAUAUGGUGGUUUUCCACCCGAAAGCAAUUAUCUCUUCCUAGGAGAUUAUGUUGACAGAGGAAAACAGUCGUUAGAGACUAUCUGUCUUCUUCUUGCCUAUAAGAUCAAAUAUCCAGAAAAUUUUUUCUUGUUAAGAGGAAAUCAUGAGUGUGCGUCCAUUAAUAGGAUAUAUGGAUUUUAUGAUGAAUGUAAACGUCGUUACAACAUUAAGCUAUGGAAAACGUUUACCGAUUGCUUCAAUUGUCUGCCUGUUGCUGCGAUAGUGGAUGAAAAAAUAUUCUGCUGCCAUGGAGGAUUGAGUCCAGAUCUGCAGAGUAUGGAGCAGAUCAGGCGUAUCAUGCGACCAACGGAUGUACCUGAUCAGGGAUUACUUUGUGACUUAUUGUGGUCGGAUCCCGAUAAGGAUACUAUGGGCUGGGGUGAAAAUGAUCGUGGUGUAUCAUUUACGUUUGGUGCAGAAGUCGUUGCCAAGUUUUUACAUAAACAUGACUUUGAUCUUAUAUGCCGUGCCCAUCAGGUAGUGGAAGAUGGCUACGAAUUCUUUGCCAAGCGACAGUUGGUAACACUAUUCUCCGCUCCAAACUACUGUGGCGAAUUCGACAAUGCGGGUGCCAUGAUGUCGGUCGAUGAGACGCUUAUGUGCAGUUUCCAAAUCUUGAAGCCAGCCGACAAGAGGAAAUUCACGUACGGCGGUUUGAAUGCAGGACGGCCCGUAACGCCACCACGAGGCGCGAAUAAUAAGAACAAGAAGAAGUGAAACCCUUAGACUUAUCUUUUCGAAUGCGACACUUAGGACCUUACGACCGCUACCCCCGAUUCACCAUCUGUUAUAACGUUAAGUCCUUGUAAGAAAGGGAGAGACAGAGCGAGAGAGAAAAAAAAGUUAUAAUAAUUAUUAUUAUUAUCAAUAUUAUUAUAAUUAUUAUUAUUAUUUUCAAUUGACUACGAAGCCUUGCAGAGAUAAGUCACGGAGUAUCGUGAAGAAUACAUGAAACAGAAAAUCUGAAGGGGCGUUGCUUUUCACAGAGAUCGUUGUCGAAAGUAGUAAGUGAUAGCGUAUGUUUGUAGCUAAAUGUGUUACUGUAUAAAAACAAACUGUAGUAGUGAUAAAAUCAAUUUAUCUCGACGAUAAGAUUAAAACCGAUGUGGCUGCCGCGACGUUCUUAAUAACAAUUGCAAAAAAGUAAGAGGAAACGGACAGCCAUAUUUACUGUAAUUCACCUUUCGCAUUCGUCAAUCAUAACAUCUGUGUCUUUUAGUUCAUUUGCUAUUCGGAUUCAUUCAUCGGUGUUGUCAGCAUCAUUUGCUAAGAUCUCUUUCGACCACUUCACACUGUGACGAAAACCAACACGAUAAUUAGGGCAAUGUCUCAUACACGUACGAAUCACAUACACGCGCAUACUUAUACACACAUAUAUCAAUUUCGCUUCAUUUCAUUAUAUAAGUACGCCGUUAACGAAGAUAUCGAUACACAAGUAACUAGCGAUCGCCUAGACAUAAUUCUUUAAAGUAUAAUAGAUAUUUAUAGCGCUUGAUAUUUCUAUAAGUUGCACAAAUUUGUAAACGACAUCUAUUACGUCAUACUAUUACAUCAAUUUUAUAAAUAUACAAUUUAUAUGAAUCGUGAAAUGUAGAGAGAGAAAGAGAGUGAGUGAGCGGACAAAAGAGAGAGAGAGCGGGGGGGGGGGGAUAGGGAGAGAACGAAAGAUUUCAUCCUAAAGGCAAAUGUCAGAACGUUUGACAAAUCGUAAUUACUACUCAUAUACGUGUUAUCAUUUUUGCCUCUCGUGGGACGAACGGAAAAGCACUCGUAUUGCGAUUAUUACAGUCGGCAAGGCUUCUCUGAAAAAAAAAACGUCUUAAUAACAUUAUAUAAUCUGUAAAUCUAGGAGGGUAUUAAUCGUGCGACUAACGGGCACACAUAGACAAGCGCGAGCGCGCGAAUCGCACAGCGAUCGAUGUCACCGUAAUAUAGGCGUCUAAUUCCGAGAUAAUAAGAAAAGGGGAGGAAGAUGUGUCCUCCUGCAGCAUGGGUUUCAUUCUCGCUAUCGAGACGGUCUCCAAUCAUGGGACGUAUCAUCAUUAUCAUUAUCAUCAUCCUCAUCCUUAUCACGGUUCACUCUCACCACGAUAACGCUCUUUUUCAUUUAGUUUUUCCUGAUCUCCCUACAUCAUGGUCAGUACAGUUUCUAUUAGCCCAGUGCACAUCACGAAGCACAUAUCCAUCCUCGAUGAUAUGAAAGCAAAAAGAAAAAAGAGAAGGAACACGCAUCCGUGUGAAAAAAACCUCGACGUGAGUAUCUUACUCCGGAUUCAGACCAAUCAUGUUUAGUCUCCUCGUCAUACUUGUACAUUAAUUUCUUUUUUAUAAAUAAAAUUCACAUAAAAAUA